UAUCUGAAUACAGAGCAACAGGCAUUCAGUGUUACUCACGUUCAAGAUAUUAACACUAUCUAAAGAGCAAAGGGGAGUUUCCAAAGUCAUCAAGUCCAUCCAACUUUGCCAUUUUCGGCCAGAGACCACUGAAAAUGACUCCCAAGAAGACUGCCGCUCCCUUCCUAUGGUUUUCUUUUUGCUUUGGGAAUGUUCUUGAGGCAGUGGUGCUGGGAUCGGUGCAGUACCCCUCUGAUAACGGGCUCCACUCACAUCUGGAUGCGCGCGGUCCUGCAGAAGCCAGCGCGAGCUCUCGGAACGACUCCACAUCUGUUCAUGUUCCGUCUUACAUGAUCUCUCUGUACAGGACUCUAUCGGAACUGGAUCGACGGGGAAGCAACGGCAGCCAGACGCGCUCCAGGAGAUAUGCCAAUACAGUGACCAGCUUCAUUGACCUGGGACAAGACGAUCCUUCUCUAAAGUUCCACCAGCAGUACACAUUCGACCUGUCUGGUCUCUCACGACUGGACAAACUGAUGGAGGUGGAGCUGCGGGUUCUGAGGAGGCCACCGCCUGAUGUCUUAAGUUUACUCUCCACUGGUGGGAACCUGUACCGACUACUCCUUCACACCUGCUCCCUCCCGGGAUCCUCUAACCAACCUCGGCUCCUUACUUCCAGGACCAUUGAUCUUCUAGAUACCGCUUCAGCCACAUGGGACGUGUUUGACGUAGGCACAAGCGUGAAGACCCACCUCAAGUUGAACAGGGCCGCAGAAGGCAGCAGGCCGUUGUGCUUCAGCAUAUCCGCCAUUUCUGAUUCAAAUAAUGAGGUGGUGCAUCCCGGCAUGCUGGGUCUGAGCCAUGAGGAUCAGCAGACCCACGAAAGGGCCUUACUGGUGGCUUUUACUCGAGCUCGGAGGAAGGAGAACCUCUUUAGGGAGAUCCGUGAGAAGAUAAAGGCCAUGAAAAGUCGUAAAUUUCCUAAUCCUGCACCCGAGCAUGGUAUUAAAGAUAAUCCGAGACAUCGGCGGAGGAGGCGGACUGCACUAGCAGGCCGUUCUGGUGUAGGACCCGCAACAGGAGGCGCCGGUGGAGGAAAGGGUGGUGGCAGACGGAGAACACGUUGCAGCCGGAAGCCGCUUCACGUGAACUUCAAAGAACUGGGUUGGGACGACUGGAUUAUUGCGCCGCUUGAUUACGAAGCUUAUCACUGUGAGGGUUUGUGUGACUUCCCCUUGCGCUCACACCUGGAACCGACCAACCACGCCAUCAUCCAGACUCUCAUGAACUCCAUGGACCCGGAGUCCACCCCUCCCAGUUGUUGUGUUCCUUCUAAACUCAGUCCCAUCAGCAUCCUGUACAUUGACUCUGGGAAUAACGUGGUUUAUAAACAGUAUGAGGACAUGGUGGUGGAGAGUUGUGGGUGCAGGUAGCAAUGUGAGUGAGGGGUGAACUACCCCUGGACACUAUCCGAAUGCUGCCGCUGCCUCAUACGCAGAGGCCUCAUAUGUGGGCAAGAUGGAGUCAGAGCUGGUGAGAUGGACCGUGUGUAAAUGUGUGACAACGAGCAUGUGUGUAUGUUCAGACGGCGACAAGACAUUGAGUUGUGUUUUAGAAGUGAGCGAAGGACAUGUGUGCCGAACAGCUCCAAAUUCCCUUACAACACCAAAUAAAUAACUCCUCAACGGAAAAUUAGUGAAAACAUAGGCUUUCCAGAAAGUAUUUUACAUCCUGUUAAUAUAAACUCAAUGAUAGAGUGUUGAAGUA